CUGGGUCACAUAGGAGCGUCCUUUGUCGCCCCGGACGAUGCACUUCUCGCAAGAUCAUAUCUUCUGGGAAUGUGUUGAGGUCCCGUUAGCAUGUGAGUCGUUCCCAACCGGGAUUGAUCCGCCAAGCAACCAUCCGGAUUUUCACUGGAAAGCCAGCAAAAGGGAAGAGCAAUACGUUAAAUGGUUGAUUAUAUUGAGAAAUUAUACCAAGCGAUGUUUAUCACGACCUAAGGAUAGAUUACCCGCAAUUUCCGGUAUUGCUAUGAGAGUUCAAACCAUAGUGGAAGAUGAUUAUAUCGCAGGAAUGUUCAAAAUGUGUCUUCCGUGGAAUCUCUUAUGGCAUCGUAAAGGCCCUGCUCAUCCUUCAAAGUCUACGAAUACGCCCCGAUUCUCUACAUGAAGUUGGGCUUGUCAAGAUAGGCCAAUAUCUUUUGUGCUCUGUAAUUCUUUUCUAAGCCUGAGAAGGACUGGUCGUUCAAGACGUACACGCCCAACUUGUAGAUCCCAACAACGUCUUUAGCCAAGUUACCUCUAGGUACAUCAAACUGCGUAGCCC